CGGCGAAGCUGUGAGGGGUCUGCAGGGCAAACAUGAAGAGAAGGACGGAACCCGAAUUUAGCAGCCCCCAAAAAAAGCAGAAGAAGAGGGUGGAAGACUUGGGAUUAACCCUCAGUUCUACUUCAGAUGAUGAAAAUCAAUUUAGUAAUCAUACUACUCAAGAGUCUUCCAGUAGCACCAGUGGGUCUGACAGUGAGAGUGAUGAAAAAAGACCAGUCUUCAGCAAUGAGUUCAAACAAGACUCUCUUGUGGAGGGUACUUCAUCUCGCUACUCAAUGUAUAACAGUGUCUCCCAAAAGCUUAUGGCCAAGAUGGGCUUCCGGGAAGGAGAAGGUCUGGGAAAAUACGGCCAAGGCAGGAAGGAUAUUGUUGAGGCCUCCAAUCAGAAGGGAAGGAGAGGCUUUGGCCUGACCCUCAAAGGAUUUGAUGAGGAGCUCAAUAUUGAUUGGCAGGAUGAGCCAGAGCCUAGUGCCUACGAGAAGGUGGACUGGUGCCCUGAGUGUACCACGGAGAUCCCAGAUGCCCAGGAGCUGAAGGAGUGGAUGACUGUGGGGAAGAGGAAGCUGAUGAUUGAAGAUGAAACUGAAUUCUGUAAUGAAGAGCUUUUACGUAAUGUCCUGCAGUGCAAGAGUGUAUUUGAUGAGCUGGAUGGAGAAGAAAUGCGUCGAGCCCGAACAAGGUCUAACCCCUAUGAGAUGAUCCGUGGAGCUUUCUUUCUGAACAGGGCUGCAAUGAAGAUGGCAAAUAUGGACCACGUCUUUGACUACAUGUUUACAAACCCUAAGGACUGCCAAGGGGUGCCUUUGAUAAAGGAGUAUGAUGCAGAGCUGCUCUACUUUGCUGAUGUGUGUGCUGGUCCUGGAGGCUUCUCUGAAUAUGUUUUGUGGAGGAGAAAGUGGCAUGCGAAAGGAUUUGGCAUGACCUUGAAAGGACCAAAUGAUUUUAAACUGGAGGACUUCUAUUCUGCUUCCAGUGAGCUCUUUGAACCUUAUUAUGGAGAGGGUGGGAUUGAUGGAGACGGAGACAUCACUCGAUCAGAGAACAUUACUGCUUUCCAGAAUUUUGUUUUGGACAAUACUGAUCACAAGGGAGUGCAUUUCUUAAUGGCAGAUGGGGGUUUCUCAGUGGAGGGUCAAGAGAAUCUGCAAGAGAUCCUAAGCAAACAACUCAUGCUUUGCCAGUUCCUUACAGCACUGUCCAUUGUCCGGACAGGAGGACAUUUUGUCUGCAAAACCUUUGACCUGUUUACUCCAUUCAGUGUGGGUCUUGUUUACCUGCUGUAUUGCUGCUUUGAGAGAAUUUGCAUCUUUAAACCUGUGACAAGCCGCCCUGCUAACUCGGAGAGGUACGUGGUGUGCAAAGGCCUGAAGUCAGGGAUUGAAGAUGUGCGGAGUUACCUCUUCACAGUGAACAUCAGACUCAACCAGCUGCGCAAUUCUGAUGUGGAUGUGAAUCUUAUCGUCCCACUGAAAGUGAUCAAAGACAACCAGGAUUUCUACAAUUACAUUGUCCAAUCCAAUGAAAACCACUGCAAAGUUCAGAUAAAGGCACUAGCCAAAAUUCGUGCCUUUGUUCAAGACACAACGCUGGUUGAGCCUCGGCAGGCUGAAAUCCGAAAGGAGUGUCUCCAGCUAUGGGGGAUUCCUGAUCAGGCUCGUGUUGCUCCUUCAUCUUCAGAUCCCAAGUCCAAGUUCUUUGAGCUGAUUCAGGGCACUGACAUUGAUACUUUCAGUUACAAACCCACUCCCCUGAAUUCCAGCACCCUGGAGAAAAUUCGCCAAGUGUUAGAUUACCGGUGCAUGGUGUCUGGAAGUGAGCAGAAGUUCCUCUUGGGGUUGGGGAAAUCACAGAUCUACACCUGGGGUGGUCGCCAGUCAGACCGCUGGACAAAGCUGGAUUUGAAAACUGAGCUGCCACGAGAUACUCUUCUCUCUGUGGAGAUUGUUCAUGAGCUGAAAGGAGAGGGGAAAGCCCAGCGAAAAAUCAGUGCCAUCCACAUCCUUGAUGCCUUGGUGCUGAAUGGCAAUGACAUUCGAACACAGCAUUUCAACCAGAGGAUUCGGCUGGCGGAGAAGUUUGUCAAAGCUGUUUCUAAACCCAGCCGGCCAGACAUGAACCCCAUUCGAGUGAAGGAAGUAUACAGAUUGGAAGAAAUGGACAAGAUUUUUGUGAGGUUAGAGAUGAAAGUCAUCAAGAGUUCAGGGGGAAUGCCCCGGCUGUCCUACACUGGCCGAGAUGACCGGCACUUUGUGCCCACAGGACUCUACAUCGUGCGGACUAUGAACGAUCCCUGGACAAUGGCAUACAGCAAAAACUUCAAGAAGAAAUUCUUCUUCAACAAAAUGACCAAUGUAGCGACGUACAACCUCCUUCCUGAAGCCACUGCACCCUUUCAUGUCUGCCAUUACAGCCGCCUCUUCUGGGAAUGGGGGGAAGGUGUCAAAGUGCACGACUCUCAGAAAAGACAAGAUCCAGAGAAGCUAUCAAAGGAGACUGUCCUGUCUUUCAUCCAAGCACACUACCCCUAACCCUGCUCUCUUGAGGUUGCAGGGAGGGGCCAAGCCCAGCUUGGAUUCUUCAGGGACUGAUGGGACUGGGAAGGCUCCACAACUUCUAUCCUGGUAUUCUCCAGAGCUGAUUUCCUGGAGAUGAUUGAACCAGAGGGUGGUAUGCAGAAGGCACAGGAUGAGGCUUUACCCUGGUAGUGUAUAUAAGAGUACAGCCCAGGUAGCACCUGGUGCUAGAGUACCCAAGGUGACUCCUAGAGCCAUGGCCUAAUGUCCUUUUGUCCUGACCUACUGCAUGCAUGAGGCCAAGGAGCUGGCAGCUUUCUUUGCUCCUGUUCAAACAUUCAGCAAAGUUUGUGGAGCUCUAUGUGUGCCAGAACUCCCUAGGCUUCUGCUUCUCCUGCAGUGUGGGAAGGAUGGCAGAGCUGGGCAACAGCACAUUGAAGCAGCCCUGCAUUGCUCCUGGCAGCUGUCUCCUUGGCCUUGUCAAAGGCUACACUAUCCAGUAAGUCUUUGGCAAGCUGUGGGCAGAAGUUAGAUAUUCUUGUGGGUGUCUCCAACACUUCUGUUCAUCAAGGCACUCAGCUAGCCAAUGGCAGUUCUUAUGCCAUGGUUCCCUGUUGGACAAAGGCCAAUGCAGGUGAUGAGUACAGUUCCUGGCACAGAUCUGAUAUGUUCACACCUCUGCAAGCUGCUGUGACCAGGAUUUCCCCUCUCCAGGUUAGUGCUGAUGCCAAGCCAGCAGCCUGGGGCUAAUUUGUGAAGAUGUAUCAUGGUUGGUAUAUGUGCUUCAUGGUACUUCUGAGACCAAGGUGCUUUGAUUCUUGGUACUCAACAUUAUUACCUAAACGUUCAGGGAGGAAAAUGGAUGUGGGAGGGAAUACACAGAAAAGCUAGGAUGCUGAAGUCUCUGGAAAAAAAUGAUGGAAUGUCUAACUUAGUUGAAAAGACCCAGGGCUUCAGUAGAAAUAUACCUUGACUUUAACCAUGUAGGUUAAUCAGAAGCAAUCUUGUCCCCCGAUUGUGCCCACUGGAAAGGUUACCAGACUUUCCUUUUUAAAUAUCAGAGUGGCUUUGAAAUUCUCUGUAUCUCAUUUGGCUCUGAACUGCAUCCGAGGUGAAGGCACAAAGCUGGGAAACUCUCAGUAUGGUAUUUGUGUCAAGACUUUUCCAUGCACUUCUGUGCCAGGCUCAAAGUUGGCUUCUGUUGCAUGUUUUACCUUCACUUCUGGUUUCCAUGGCACUUUGCCAAGUCUUCCACAUAAAUCAGAAGAUAACACAUAGUUGAAUGGUUUUGGACAAGCAGCAAGAUAGUCCCCCCCCUUUUUUUUUUUUUUUUGUUUGUUUGUUCUUGGCUUGUUUUUAAACACAGAUUGGCAGUAGGGAGAAAAGUGAUUUAGGGGUUUGUCUGAACUGUGCCUUAAGGAAAGCUAUAGUUCUAGAAUCUAUAGCAGUUGUUUAGACUGUCUUUUUCUCCACAUCCAUAUGAAUUUGAAGAAGC